AUGGAGCUUGAAUAUUUGGCCGAGGGCACAAGUUUGCCAGACUCGGCGAGUGGUCUGAAAAUUUCCGGACUUACGGCGGAUAGCCGGAACGUCGAGCCGGGUUUCCUGUUUGCCGCCCUCAAGGGUGCCAGGACAGACGGGAGCCUGUUCGCGCCGGGUGCCGUCGAGGCCGGGGCUGUUGCGUUGUUGUGCGCUAAGGAUGCGGAGCAACAGCUGCGUGCGGCCAUCCCCGAGAAUGUUGCCGUUAUUGCGGCUGAAGAACCGCGGCAAGUGUUUGCGAAAAUGGCUGCGAGGUUUUUCGGUGCCCAGCCUGAUAUUGUCGUUGCCGUUACCGGAACAGCCGGCAAGACUUCCGUUGCGCAUUUCGUACGUCAGAUAUUCCAGUCUGCGGGUCAUCCGGCCGCAAGCCUCGGGACGCUGGGUACGAUCAAACCUGAUGGUAUCAGUUAUGGCGGGUUGACGACCCCGGAUCCGGUGGCGCUUCACAGGGAGCUUGCCGAACUGGAAGCCGAAGGCAUCAACCACGCGGCCCUGGAAGCGUCGUCCCACGGACUUGAUCAAUUUCGCCUGGAUGGAGUGCGGUUGACUGCGGCAGCUUUCACAAAUCUGGGCCGCGACCAUAUGGACUAUCACGCGACCAUCGAGGACUACCUUUGCGCCAAACUCCGUCUGUUUGAGGAUUUGUUGCCGGAUGGUGGAACAGUUGUCGUGGAUCCCGCUGAAAAAUAUGCAGACCGGGUCCUGGACGUUGCCGGCCGGCGCGGACUGCCGGCUUUCACGGUCGGUGAAACAGGCCGAGACCUGAAACUGACAGGAAUACGUGCGGUCGGAGCCGGACAGGAACUGACGCUGCAGACAGCGCGUGGCGAAUACAAGAUCACGCUACCGCUGAUCGGGCGCUUUCAGGUGUCCAAUGCCUUGAUUGCAGCCGGAUUGGCGAUUGCGGCUGGAACCGACAGCGGCUUGGUCCUGCGGUCUCUGGAAAAUCUGAAAGGUGCACCGGGUCGACUGGAACUUGCAGGCAGGACGGCUUCCGGCGGACUGGUCUUUGUCGACUAUGCGCAUAAGCCGGACGCGCUUGACAAUGCACUUGCUGCGCUGAAGCCGUUUGCGACCGGAAAAUUGUCCGUUGUCGUGGGCGCGGGUGGUGACCGGGAUCCGGGCAAACGCGAGCUCAUGGGCGCUGCUGCCUCCCGAAACGCGGAUCUGGUCAUUGUGACUGACGACAAUCCACGCUCAGAAGAUCCGGCGGUCAUCCGCAAAGCCGUCAUGUCAGGCGCUCCGCAAGCAAUUGAGAUCGGCGACCGAUUUGACGCUAUUGCCGAAGGAAUUCAUCGGCUCAAUGCGGGCGAUAUCCUGUGCGUUGCAGGAAAAGGUCACGAAACCGGCCAGAUUGUUGGCGACACAGUGAUUCCCUUUUCCGACCACGAAGCUGUGCAGCGUGCCAUCAGCCUUGAAGGAGACACAUGA